AGGAGUAGUUAGUCAUUACAAGAAGUGUUUGUGAACUAAAAAUCAAGAAUGUGGGAUCCUGUUUGUCCGUGAGUUGGAGAGCACAGCGCUGCUCCCACGCAGGGAAAACUAAUUUUGCAGGGGAGACCUACCUUGGCACUUGUGCAGGUGAAGCCAAAGGGAAGAUAUGCUUCACCAUAUUUUCUAGUCUUUGGCUUGGAAGGAAGUUGGUUUGGAAACCUAUUUGGCCAUGCUUCAUCUCCUGCUUUGCGUUUGUGUGGGAGCCCCGUCAAAAAACCUGUCCGUUAUGCUAGCAGUGUGCAAGCCUUCUUUUUCUUUUUUUUUUUCUUUUCAUACCGCCCCCCCUGCAAUGGUUCUGCGCCCCUCCUAGGGGGCGGGCCCCACACUUUGGGAACCUCUGUGUUAGAAUAAGAUCCGGGUGGAGCUGCCAGUAGCAACUAUAGUUGCUAAUGUGCUCUCAUAAGUCUGUUCAUUUGUGUUGGCUAGUUUUUUUUUAUUUUUAAAGUCAUGCCGAGCGCCGCCUCGCUUAAAAAAAAAAAGUUCCAUCAAGUCGGACAUGAACACAUCGAGUUACACCGGAAAUCCACAAGAGAAACCCUCUCCAUAAAGGCACCAAACCUUUGUCAUAUUUGCGCAUCACCGAGGGUUUUUUAUUUAUUUAUUUUGAGCCAACCACAGCUCGCAUCCUGGUCACUGACUUGACGCGGAGGAGCGGAGUUCCAGACGCGCACUGAAACCAGAUGCCACCACCAGCACAUUUCCUCUGGCACCGAAAAUGGGCUGCGCAAUAUCAGGUCUCGCAGCAAAAUCAGAGUUUGCAGAGAAGACUUCAGAGGAUGCUGCUGCUGCCGCCGCGUAUCCCAACGAGGACCAGAUUCAGAUGAUUAAAGACUCGUGGAAAGUUAUCCGGGACGAUAUAGCCAAAGUUGGGAUUAUUAUGUUCGUCAGGGUGAUGUCUUUUAUUGAAAAAAGUGUGGCUAGACUGGACCAGCUGGACAGACUGGAGGCUCUGGCUCUGGAGCUGGGGAAAAGCCAUUAUCAUUACAACGCCCCGCCUAAGUACUACAGCUAUGUUGGAGCAGAAUUCAUCUGCGCCGUGCAGCCCAUCCUGAAGGAGAGGUGGACGGCCGAGCUGGAGGAGGCGUGGAAGACCAUGUUCCAGUUUGUGACCAGCCUCAUGAACCAGGGAUACCAGGAAGAGAGCGCCCGGCAGCGCCAGCUCGCGCUAUCCCCGAAGGAAAGACCGGACAAGAGAAACACCGCGCUAUGAGACGGCACUUCUUUUAACCGCCACACAGACUGUUAUUGCCAGUACAGCACAAAAAUGCGUGUUUGUAAAUAGCGUAUUAACCGUAAUGUUUCCUAUCUUGCUCACGUUUGGUCCUUUAGUAUUUUAACAGACAAAAACGAGCUGUGACUGUUUAGAAAGCACUUUAUUUUUGAAUUUAAAUUCUGCUGCAGUCCUCUUGAAUGAGAGCAGGACUCUGGUAUCACGACGGGACAAACACAAAUGGGUGGAAACGUUUUCUGGCUGCAGUCAAACAUGCUUUGUGAUUGUGAUAAACAAAAAAAAUGGCAUCUGAAUUACAGCCAAUACUCCUCUCUGUAUUUAUAACUCAAACAUGCUUUCAGUAAAUCUGCAGCUUUCAACAUUUUUUGCACUAUUUAACCAAAUCAUGACAUCAUUCAGACAUUAGCUGAAACUGUAAUAUACAUAUUGGUGUUAAAGUAUUUAAGACAGCCAGUUUAACAGCUUGGUAUCGGUAUGUAAAAACAAUGACUAUAAUAUUAAUUGUGCCUCUAAAGACAUAAUAAAAAAAAUAUACAGUACAUGACAUUUGACCCCACCAGAAAAAAAA